AUGGGGUUUUCCAAGAAGCUUCAAGUAGACGGCGGCAAGGAAUCGGAGGGGAAGAAAUGGGUUUUCGCCGAAAUCGCGAUUUGUGCUCCUCUCACCUCCAUAUCUACGAAGCCCAAGGAGGGAAACGCUUACCAUUCCGACGAAGACCGCGGCUCCACGACGCCGACGUCCAGGGAUUCCAGGAUACCGGAGAGGCUGCCCUGCCCGCCGGCGCCGAGGAAACGCCGCCCGGCGUCGUCCUCUUGCCGGUACAACGGUGCCCGGGAGUUCUUUGAUCCGCCGGACCUCGAAUCCAUUGUAGCAUUUGAGCUUAAGCUUUCAGAUUAUGUAAUAUACAACACCCUACCCAAGUAG